GUGCCAUAUAGUUUUCCAACCGAGCCUCGAUCUCACUGUGGCCUUUCACUUCGCCCUUAGAUUCGUGGUAUCGCUGAGCACACACCGUAUCAUUUCUCUCGAGUAACGGGUCUUUGGUGUACCAGUACCGCAAUUUCAGCUCGCCAGCAUCACCAACCUAGUGCAGGGUUGUCCUCCAGGCCAUUCGCUUCCGUUGUUGUUUCUGAACAACUUUGCACUCAGCCUGGAGAUAAUUCCGGCAGCGCGGCGUCAUGUCUGACCUUGAUGAGGCCAUCGAAGUGGAUCGGGCUGCAUUACUCCACCGUCCCCCCGGUCAUCCAGAUCGAUCCUCGUCUCUGAGGAAUCUUGCAGACAGCCUGCACGACAGAUUCCUGCAGCGUGGGAUCAUGUCUGACCUUGACGAGUCCAUCGAGCUGCAUCGGGAUGCAUUACUUCUCUAUCUCCCCGGUCAUUCAGAUCGAUCCUGGUCUCUCAACAAUUUUGCUGCUAGCCUUGCAGACAGAUUCCUGCAGCGUGGGAUCAUGUCAGACCUUGAUGAGUCCAUCGAGCUCCAUCAGGAAGCAUUACUCCUCAAUCCUCCCGGUCAUCCAGAUCGAUCCUCGUCUCUGAACAAUCUUGCUGCUAGCCUUGCAGACAGAUUCCAGCAGCGUGGGAUCAUGUCAGACCUCGAUGAGGCCAUCGAGCUGUAUCGGGAUGCAUUGCUCCUCCUUCCCCCCGGUCAUUCAGAUCGAUCUAAGUCUCUGAACAAUCUUGCAAUCCGCCUUCGGGACAGAUUCCUGCAGCAUGGGGUCAUGUCUGACCUUGAUGAGGCCAUCGAGUUGGAUCGGGAUGCAUUACUCCUCCGUCCCCCCGGUCAUUCAGAUCGAUCCUUGUCUCUGAACAAUCUUGCACUCAGCCUUCGAGACAGAUUUAAGCAGCGAGGGAUCAUGUCUGACCUUGAUGAGUCCAUCGAGCUGCAUCGAGAUGCAUCACUCCUCCGUCCCCCCGGUCAUUCACAUCGAUCUUCGUCUCUGAACAAUCUUGCACUCAGACUUCGAGACAGAUUCCAGCAGCGUGGGAUCAUGUCUGACCUUGAUGAGUCCAUCGAGUUGGAUCGGGAUGCAUUACUCCUCCGUCCCCCCGGUCAUUCAGAUCGAUCUCCGUCUCUGAACAAUCUCGCAGUCAGCCUUCGAGACAGAUUCCAGCAGCGUGGAAUCAUGUCUGACCUUGAUGAGUCCAUCGAGUUGGAUCGGGAUGCAUUACUCCUCCAUCCCCCCGGUCAUUCAGAUCGAUCUCCGUCUCUGAACAAUCUCGCAGUCAGCCUUCGAGACAGAUUCCAGCAGCGUGGAAUCAUGUCAGACCUUGAUGAGGCCAUCGAGCUGCAUCGGGAUGCAUUAUUCCUCUGUCCCCCCGGUCAUCCAGAUCGAUCCAAGUCUCUAAACAAUCUUGCUACUAACCUUGCAUACAGAUUCCGGCAGCGUGGGAUCAUGUCUGACCUUGAUGAGGCCAUCGAGUUGCAUCGUGAUUCAUUACUCCUCCGUCCCCCCGGUCAUUCAGAUCGACCCUCGUCUCUGAACAAUCUUGGACUCAGCCUUCGAGACAGAUUCAAGCAGGGUGGGAUCAUGUCUGACCUUGAUGAGUCCAUCGAGCUGCAUCGGGAUGCAUUACUCCUCUGUCCCCCCGGUUAUUCAAAUCGAUCCAAGUCUCUGAACAAUCUUGUAUCCAGCCUUCGAGAUAGAUCUCACCACUGUGGCGUCCAGUCCGACCUUCAUGAAGCAUUUGGCUUUGGUGUUACCUGCAAACUACGCUUGCUGCCCCCAUGACAUAUGUGAUGGACACAAUGACACUGUGGUACCAUACCGCCGGAUCCUCUGUGAUAACAUCAAAUAUCAGAAGAUUCUAUAAAAAUACGAGUUACAUAGACUGCUCGAUAUCCUGCGAGUUGCUUUCUGUCCUACUCACUCAUUGGCACUGCAUGCAUUGGACUUUGCGGUUGGUCUUUAAAUUUGAUUGUUGUUCUU